UUUGAAAACAACUUCAUCGUCGUCUUUCUUCAUCAUCAUCAGAUGGAUCCAUAAACACAUCCUGAAAGGAAUUCAAUGUUCGCUUUCCUUUUUUUGCGAUUAGCAUAUUCGAUCGAUCUCCCAUGUCGCCUGUAGAGACCUGACCUCUGACCUCUUCUCCUCCCUAAAUUGUAAUCGAAGAGAGAGUCUAUCUAAUAAACGGGGAAUGAGCAACUUCGGGGACUUGAAUCCGGUCUUCUCAGCGUCGGGUCGAAGCACCAAUAACCCUGACCCGGCUUUCAAUUCGCGUCUCUCGAAGCCGAGAUUCUCCAAGGUCAGAAGGCAAGUCAAGCCUGUGAUGAAACCCUCCUCCGUCACCUCCGAUUCCUUGCCUGCUGCUCAGGGAUUCAACCCCUUUCUCUACCGCGGAUCUCCCGACGACGCCGGAUUUGGCGGCCGCAGCGUUCACGAAGGUUUUGUGUUUGGAGGAUCGAGCUCUGGUGACCAAGUUUUGGAGGAUUUGGGGAAGCUGAAUAUUGAGGUUGAUGAUGUGCAUUUUGAUUCUAGGCUUCCUGGUGAUAUGCAGAAUCUCAAUAUCAAGGAUUCUCGUUCCAAUGCGGGUAGGAACGUGGAUGAUGAUGAGCUUCAAUCUCUUUUGAAGAAUAAACUCAAUCUUGAUCCCAGCAAAGAUAAUAGCUUUGGUUCUUCUUCUUCUUCUUCGUGGAGUACAGGUGGACAUGUGAUCCAUGAAGGUUUGGAGAAGUUGAAUAUCUCAGAGAAGGCGAUGAUUCAUAAUGCCAAAGCCAAAGCAUCAAUGGAUUAUGUUGGAGGAGGUUUAGCUACUGAUGGGAUCAACAUACGGCAUGCAUCAGCUCAGAACGUUUCGGCAGAAUCACUUCAGGGAAGUGGAAGUGAGAAGAAAGUUCAUGGCUUUAGCAGUUCAUGUCCGAUGAACUAUAGUUUUGUAGGUACAGAACCGCCUAGAAACGCUCAUGAUGCGACGACCUCUACAGUAAAUCCUCCCGAGUUCAGUUUUUCGAGUAAUGGAAAGAGUGGGGGGACCAAUUUUAUGGAGUUCAAGACCCCCAAUUUGAAGCCAAAUCCUUUUUCUAGCUUGGACCAGAAACUGGGGUUCAAUGCAAAGAAGGACAGUGUUGGUGCCUCUAGAGGGAGAAGGAAAGGGGUUAAGCAGCCUGUGAAAGUCCAGCUUAAUAUUGGAAAUGAAUUUGCUUUUGCUGAAAGUGCGUUUCCACAAGGAACGAGCGAGGUUUCUGAUUCUUAUUCACCAAUGGAUGUAUCUCCUUAUGAGGAGACUGCAGAUUCUAGAGACUUCUCUGCUGGAUCAGAUCAGUUUGCGAAUCCCGACAACAUACCUCCUGCUGCUUUAAAUGAUGCGUUUGAUGCAGAGCUAGCUGCUGCAACCGAACGUAUGGACAUAAACGAGGAGGAUGAAGUUAAUAACAAUCAAGCUGAGGGACUUAAUACUGGCGAAUGUGCUGAGGGUGAUGACCUUGCUGAAGAUUCUAUAUCUGGGGCUGAAACGGAAAGUUUUAAAACAGCAGCGGAAGAGAUGGAAACUAGUAGUGAUACUUUCGCCUCAGCUUCAGAAAGUGAGGUUACUUCAAGCUAUAGGCCUGAUAGGCAAGAAAAUGACAACCACCCCCUGUUUAAUUCAAAUGCUGCUAGCUCCAGCUUUACCUUUUCUGCUUCAUCGUUUUCCGGAGUGCAAGGGCAACAAUCAACGUCUAAGCGUAUCAGCAGGAAGAAAUAUCCAGUUCCACUUGGGCAGGAUCCAUAUAUCUUAAUUCCAAAUGCUUCAUCAUUCAAAUCUUCACAACACUCGCCGGUAACUGGUGUUCAGUCACACCUGUCCAUGGGGAAACCCAGUGAAAGGGAUCCGUUUACUCGUCUACAAAAGCCUAUUAAUAAUUCUGUGAUGGACAAAGCACGAGACGAAAAAGAUGCGUCUAAUGCAGCGCAAGAAGCAUGUGAAAAAUGGCGAUUAAGAGGAAACAAUGCUUACAAAAAUGGAGAUCUUUCCAGAGCUGAGGAAUCUUACAGUCAAGGGAUAGAUUCAGUGCCUAAAAUCGAGACGUCUAGAAACUGUCUCAGGGCACUGAUGCUUUGCUACAGCAACCGUGCUGCAACACGCAUGGCCCUUGGAAGAAUGAGAGAAGCAAUAGCAGAUUGUACGAUGGCUUCUUCAAUAGACUCCAACUUCCUUAAAGUCCAAGUCCGAGCUGGAAAUUGUUAUCUUUCACUUGGGGAGAUUGAAGACGCAUCCAGGUACUUUAAAAAAUGCUUGCAAACUGGAAGUGACAUCUGCGUGGACCGCAAAAUCAGUGUAGAGGCUUCUGAAGGUCUACAAAAGGCACAGAGAGUUUCGGAAUGCAUGCAUGAAGCUGGCUGUCGUUUGCAGCUCAGAACAUCAACUGAUGCUGAGAAAGCUUUGGAAAUAUUGGAAGAAGCUCUGCUGAUAAGUCCAUACUCUGAAAACUUACUCAUCAUGAAAGGAGAGGCGCUUUUGAUGCUUGAGAAGUAUGAAGCAUCAAUAAAGCUUUGUGAGCAGACAAUUGAUUUGGCUGGAAAGAAUUCUCUUCCCGUAGAUGCUAAUAAAUACCCAGAUUCUGAUGACACUCCCAAGGAUAUAAACUUUGGAAUCUGGCGGUGUCGUCUCAUGCUUAAAUCAUAUUUCCAUAUGGGAAAGCUUGAGGAGGCGAUUAAUUCUCUAGAGAAGCAAGAACAAUUACUAUCUGCUACAAAAAGAGAUGGACACAAACCUCUUGAAUCCUUCAUCCCUUUGGCUGCUACCAUACGUGAGUUGUUGCGCCUUAAGUCGGCAGGGAAUGAAGCAUUUAAGUCUGGACGACACGCUGAAGCAGUUGAACAUUACACAGCAGCCUUGUCGUGCAACGUGGAAUCACGUUCUUUUACAGCUGUGUGUUUCUGUAAUCGUUCUGCGGCAUAUAAAGCUCUUGGUCAACUCUCUGACGCCAUUGCAGACUGCAGUCUUGCCAUUGCUCUCGACCAAAAUUACUCAAAGGCUAUUUCUAGACGGGCCACGUUGUUCGAGAUGCUGAGGGAUUAUGGACAGGCGGCGAGUGACAUGCAUAGAUAUGUGAAUAUUCUAACCAAGCAAAUGGAGGAGAAAACCUCUGGGAUUCACGACAGAGUAACUAAUUUGGCCAACGACAUUAGACAAGCUCGUAUGCGACUUUCUGAACUGGAAGAGAAAUCAAGGAAAGAAACUUCGUUGGAUAUGUACCUCGUCUUGGGUGUAGUGCCAUCAUGCUCUGCUUCAGAUAUCAGAAAGGCAUAUAGGAAGGCCGCACUCAAACACCAUCCCGACAAGGCUGGUCAGUCUUUGACAAGAAACGAGAGUAAAGAUGAGAGGUUAUGGAAGGAGAUAGGAGAAGAAGUACGCAGAGAUACUGAUAAACUAUUUAAAAUGAUUGGAGAAGCGUAUGCUGUGCUUUCAGACCCUGCAAAGCGUUCUCAGUAUGAUCUUGAAGAAGAGAUGCAAAAUUCACAAAGGAGACGUGAUGGAGCGAGCACAUCUGGAGCAGAGCCAGAUGUUAAUUAUCCUUUCAGUAACAGUAGAAGAAACUGGAGAGAAGGAUGGAGUUCUUCACGUAGGGAACCAUCAGGUCCGAGAUGGUUUGAACAAAACCGAUCAAACAGAUACCCCUUGUAACUGUAGAGCAUCUCCAAGAUAUCUCUUUGACCAAAAUCAUCACCAGCAAAAGUUUUUGUGGCCUCCUAUGCAAAUACACAGCUUAAUACGGAGUGGAUAAAAUAUUAGAAGAUGCUCAGAUUCAUGGAGAAGAGAGAAUACACAUAACAGGAUAAAGAUGGAAAUACUUGUGAUGCAGAGAAUUUUUGCUCAGGUAAUGGAGAAAAAGGAGAACUCUUUCUAUUUGUAUAAUCGUUUUGUUCGUGAGGUAGACUUAACUUCUCCACUGUCUAAUACGUUGAAGCAACGUUGGUUGUACAGAUCACAGGGAAACGUAAAGUGAGUGAUUGAAAGAGACUUGCAUAUAACAGAUUUCAUGUUAUAGCUUUCUUUUAUACUUC